GAAAUGGGUUCCUUUUAAGAAUUCACGUUCAUAUGGCGUGUGGUCGGCUCUUAGUAAGCAGGCGCUGAUGAGCAUGGUGCUUUGGGAGGACAUCUCACGGCAUAUUCCUACUCUAUGUGAGUUGAUGUGCUGAAUCCGCACAACCGGUUGUCAGGCAUUGUGACUGCAAAACCAGAUCAAUGGAAAACAAACGUGCAUUAAUCAGAGAAAGGUGCAGGGAGUUCCCAACUCUCUUUAACCUGGAUGUACCCCUGGGUGUCAUACAAGUGGAGAGUGCCAUUGCUAAGCUGAAGCGUGAACAUGAAUGCCCGAACUUGGCCGAGGAAUUUGGCAACGAGUUGAAUUUGCUCAACAGCCUUGCGUACUUCUACCUGCGUCGGAACAAGUAUAAAGAUGCCAAGCCCUUGGUGGAGGAGGCUUUGGCCAAGGAGCCGCACAGCCUCACGGCCCUGGCCAACCAGUGCGAGAUGUUCCUGAUCCAGUACAAGUUCCCCGAGGCGGAGAAGGCAGUGUGCGCCAUGGAAAAGGAGAGCGAAAACAAGGAGGCAAUCGUCACAGCGCUGGCCGAGCAGGGCUACUGCUACUCAAGAAUGGGCCCCAUCGCCUACAUGAAGGCCAUCGCCAAGUUCACGCAGGCCACCAGGAUGGGCCAUGGUCACUGCUCUGCAGACAAGAUGGCCUCCUGGAAUUUUAGCAUUGCUUCAAAUUGUAGCAGGAUUAUGGCAAAGCAUAUUGUGAAAGAGUUCCCAGAUCUCAACAUUAAUGAUCAAUUUGUAAAAGGACGUGAUGCAUUGUUGGUUGUUAUCAAUACAGCCAAAGGAGCCUUAAAAGCCAAGGCCUACAUCGUUUUGGGGGAGAUGACCAAAAUCUAUUUCAAGGAUUUCAUGCACAGGCCACUCGACUAUGACACGGACAGGGUCAUGGACGUGACAAAGGAGAUGCUUACUGUGUCACAGUGCUUUGAAUUGGCAUGUAAGCUGGGACCCUUGGACCACUGGGUGCUGGAGAGGGCCGGAAAACACCAGAGACACAGAUGUCAGUAUGAGAAGGCCCUGGGACUGCUGCGGAAGGCACACUCAAUUUACCCAACACCGUUUAACCUCCACCAGCUGGGCUUGACCUACAACAGCCUCGCAUCGAAUGCCUAUGAGAAGGCAAAAUCCAGGGAAUGGAGGAGCCAAAAUCAGCCGAGAUACGAUGGGAAUGACACAAGAAGAGAACAGGAAGGAUGCGGCACUCCCAAUUAUGGUGCAUCUGGAUAUAAAACCUCGACCACACGGGGCGAUGGAAGUGCAACGUACCGUGCUCCUCCAGAUCACUUCAGGAGAAAGAGUAGCCAAGAACAAGAUGGGCAAUACAGAGAGAGGCUUGCCACUAUUGCAAAGGAGAAUGCAGCAUCAGGAAUUAUUUCACCUAAUUUCUAUUUUAAUUUAUAUGCAAAUACUGAUGAUCCGAUGGUAAUAGAAAAUUUGGAUAAGGCAAUAAAGUGCAUUAAAGAUGCUGUUGAAUUAUCAAGCGAGAGAGGUAAUCCACUCUUCGUGACUCUGGCCGACAUUUAUACAUCACUUGGUAAACAUGAGGAAGCAGACGAAUGCUUCAUUAAGUCAUUGCAACAACAUAGUUACAUCGGUAAUUUCAGUUAUGCCCUGACAUAUGAAAAAUGGGGGUUUGCCAUGAAAAAUCGAGGUGAGAAAGAAAAGAGCCAGGAUUACUUCCGAAUGGCUAUUGAGCACGCGGCCAAGGCCAAAGUUCCAGUGAAGGUAGCGUUUCAGUGCUUAAUGCGUGAUGUGAUGGAGUCUCAGAUCCCGAAACCAGAGCAACUUCGCAAGCAAUCGGAACUUUGCCAGCUCAUGCGGCGGCACCAAGAGGCUCUCAGUUUACUUUGGGAAGCAGACGAACAGAGUCCAGGUAAUCCAGACAUUCUGUCCGGCCUCAUCAAGAACUUAGCUGCAAAACGGCAUUACGAGUUAGCUCGCAUGUACCUGGCCAUCCUACAACACACAGAAGGUUCGGAUGAGACGAUUGAUCCAGCGCUCCAAGUUGAAAUAUGCUUUGGAGCAGCUAAGCAGAACAUGGACACACUUUCACUUAUAGGCUUACGGGACACUUAUGAAUGCCUUUUUGGAAAUCCUAGAAAGACGCAAGAAAAAUCACAAGAUCUAUUCAUAUUUAAUGCAAACAAUUCACAGGCUGACUCGCAGUUGGCUGUGCACAUUCAGCACUUGGCCAAAGAGGUAGGGCAGGUUGAGUGCGAUACUCUCGAUGACCAGCCUGCUGGUACUCAUUUGCUUGACAUCAUGGAAUAUAUAGUGAAAAACUUCGAUGCAGUUUUGAUCAUACUGACUCACGAUUUGAUUGCCGAUGAUGUUAGUAUGAAGCUUUGCAAAUAUCUAGUGGACAGGCCCUGUGUCUUGCUGUGCCUGUGCACUUCCUCCGUUUUCAAAGAGCAAAUUCCCACCACGCUUCGACUUACCUACCAAGCAGUUCUCCCUGAGAGGUUGCACGGCGCAGAUUUUACAGAAAACAAGGAUUCAGUUGAAAAAUUACGCAUUUGGAGAGAAAUCUUUGAUCAUUUGCUAGCUGCUAAGGAUCAUGCUAAAAUGAAUUAAAGUACAAGUUGUUAAGAGGCACACCUAAAUUUUCCUAAACGUUGAACGUAAAUCUAUAGGCAAAAAAUAGUUACCUAUCAUAUCCUAUAUAUCUUUCUUGGACUUUGAUGUUGGAGAUAAAAAAAUACUUAAAAACCUAAAGUAGCCGUUGACAACAUCUGUAAAAUAUAUACCAAGAGUGAUACAUAUUAGCGGCGUUUGUUACCAUGGCGAACAAAUUUGCUUUAUUUAAAAACCGAAAAGGUCAAGGGGAGCUAUUGGAAAAGAUUUAGAGGCAAUGUUUAAGGAUUUAUGUUCAAAUCACAGGGAAAAACUGCGGGCCAUUGAUGCAGUCACUCAACCCCUCGCAAAUUCAAGGACUAAAUAAUUAUAAUAAAACAUAUUUGGAAGACCAUUAAACAAAUUCUGAAAACAAAUUGGAAUAGCUUUGCAGAUUGCAUGGAGUAACAAAGUUCACAUUUGAAGGGGAAUUCGACAGAGGCGCUUUCACCAGAUUUCACUGACGUUAGUCAAUAAUUUAUGCAAAUUUGUUUCCAUAAGGUAUAAACAUAAACUGAGACGAUAUGAAAGAUCUCAGACCUGCUGAUGAUAAAGUCAUUAAAUUAUUAUCAAUGGCAAUGGACAAAAGGAAUACAAUGUGGAUUUACUGUACAUACUCCCUAAAUGUGAUUGCAUCUGACAAUGCUCGUGAGUUACAGUGGCCAUAUAUUAUUUUAGUAGAGAGAGGCAGUCAUUCAUAGCCAGAGGAAAACAAAAUACAUCUUAAUCCUGGACUUUUAACAUGGGCAGGGCAUCCAAAAAGCACGGAUGGCUGGUUAAACGUCAUUCCAAAUUUUGAGGCAGCAGCAGAAGAUUGGCUGAGGGCUUCCACAUUAAUCUUUGGUUGUGCCAGUGGCAGUGGCGGCUACUGCAAAAUCUCUCAGGGGGGGCAAAUGUCUGGAUGAUUGAUAAGGAUAAGGUCCACCCAUGCAAUGGAUAAAUUAACAGCUUAAGCAUGUAAAGGCAACUUCACUUCUUUAAUAUUAAUGAAAAAUAAAGUGACUCUUACAAUA